CUUCUAAGUUUUUGUUUCUAUUCAUUCUUAGGUAUCUGAAUAUUUUGCUACUCAAUAGAUCGAUCUUUUUCGAUCACUUUGAUUUCAUUUGACGGCAACACAAUUCUAACAAAAAAUGCCUGCUGAAAAUUAUUACUGUACAGAUAAUUUCUUCAAAAAAAUGACGGAUUUGGAUUCCCCAAAGAAAAAUAAUGACUGUUACUUCUAUUACUACUCUACAUGUGCCAAGGGCGACAACUGCACUUUUCGGCAUGAACCUUCUGCAUUGGGAUGUGAAACAAUGUGUUCUUUCUGGAAGGAAGGGAAGUGCCUCAAUGUUCAAUGCAACUUUCGUCAUAUGGAACUGAGGAAAAACCGCAAAGCAAUACCAUGUUAUUGGGAAUCUCAACCAAUGGGGUGUUUGAAGUCCCACUGUCCCUUUAUGCACCAAAAUCCCAGACCAUCUGAUAGCAACUCUAUAAGCAUUUCAUCUGAAUCACCAGAAAUAAAUAAUCAAAAUGAGCGAAAAGUUACUGCUGUUGAUAGUCUGGUUGUGAAUUUUGAAGAAGAAUCCGAUAAUGAGUCGGGCCCCACUUUUUCCCCGAAUAAAAAUCGCAUAGUGACUGAGAAAACAAUGGAGGAAAUAAAACUUGAAAAGAUUCAAGCUGAAUCUGCUGCUUAUUAUUCAUAUUAUGAUCAAGAUCCCUAUCCAUCUGAGACCCCCGAGCACACCGUGGACGACAUGAGGCUGAGGAUAUUCAAUAGAAUGUUAACGAACAAUAGUAUGCCAGAGAGAAUAGUCACAUUACCACAAUCGUUCAGACCAAACACACGACCAACGCAAACUACCUCAAUGAAAAGGCUUAGCGAUGACCAAUUAGCAAAUAUUUUAGGUGAUGAAUCUCUCAGGAAAAAACAAAAAAUCGUUUUCAAGGACGACGACGGCAGAGUCAAAGUCACCCUGAACAACAAAUCCAUACCACCCAGCCGACCCCUCGUAACAAUGGCCAACAACCCAAGAUCGCGUAUUCCAAAACCGCGACACCAGCACACCAAACAACUGCCCACCAUCCAGCCGAGCAUCGCGAACAUCAAAAUAAAAACCCUGGCGGAAAUACGGGCGGAAAAACAGAAGCUAGCCUCGACACAAGAAAGGAUGGAACAGGAGGUAACCAGUACCUGCUCCGAAGAAAAUCUUCAGGAACACCGCGAAAAGACCAAGAGACGAAUCAAGCUGCUGAGAAAAUUUCCUGUUUCCAGUGCUUCUAGUGCUAGUGUGGACGAAACAACGAUCUCGGGUAGUGAUGAGAAUGCGUUGCUGCAAAUGGACCAAUGGGAUGGAGAGAGCGUGUCUAGUAAAACAAUUGACGAGCGGCUGCUGUUGGAGGAGGACGACGAUGAAGAUAAUGUGACGCUGAAGGCAGAAGAGGAGCUCUUGAAUGAAAUCGAUGAUUAUUUGGAUGAUUGAGAUGAGGAUAAUUUUGGGAAUUUUUGGUGGGCUCAUCAAUCUUUUUAAUCGACCGACAGAGUUCAUUGUGGUCCCUUCAUCGGAUAUUCAAGGUUUUAAAUACAUCAUUUUUUCGUCUUGUCAUUUUCCUUGUUUUUUAUACAUGAAAUGCAUGAUCAAAAUAAUAAACCACACUACAAAAAAUAAAUGGCAACUGUCAAUCUUGCAUUGUGUACGCUCAUAUUGAAAUCUGAAUAAUAAUUUCUACUACAGAAUUGUUACUUAUCAAUCAAACAAAAGUAACAAAUCAUAAUGAUCCGCUCAGGAAAGACGAUAUUCAAAUUGAGGGCCAAUUUCUAGUUGCCAUGUUUUUUGUAAAGCAGUGAAUAUCGGGAAAUAUACAUUUAAUUUUAUUGUUACAUGAAUCGAUUUGCCCUAGACGCAAAUCAAACAACAAACUCGCCAUUUUACAGUGUUAUACAGGGAAUAUUUUGAGUAUGUGGCCAAA